UUGCCUCAGCGGACUGUUGACGUCACUAGUGUCUUCAGAGUGGGUGAACAUGGCGGAUAUUAUAAGCAACGCUGAAGCGGAAAUGGAAAACGAGACGAGACAGCGGUUCAUAAAUGAAUAUUUGCAAGACAAAACAGACAAAUAUGAUUCUAGAGAUGUGGAGAGGCUGCAGAAGGAUGAUGCUCUGGCAGGUUGUUACCUGCAGUGGAGAUUGCAAAAUGUGGAUGAUGCUUUAAAGAUGAUUGAUGAAAGUUUUCAAUGGAGAAAAGAAUUCAAAGUAAACGAUCUAACUGAGUGUAGCAUUCCCAGGUGGAUGUUUGAGACUGGUGCAGUUUAUCUUCAUGGGUAUGAUAAAGAAGGAAACAAAUUAUUUUGGUUUAAGGUGAAGCUGCAUGUAAAAGACGCAAAGACUGUUGUGGACAAAAAGAGAUACGUGGCCUUUUGGUUGGAGCGCUAUGCUAAAAGGGAACCUGGAAUGCCGUUGACGGUGGUGUUUGACAUGACUGAUUCUGGACUGAGCAACAUUGAUAUGGACUUUGUGAAAUACAUCAUUAACUGUUUCAAGGUUUAUUAUCCUAAAUUUCUUUCAAAAAUGAUACUGUAUGAAAUGCCAUGGAUCAUGAGUGCUGCCUGGAGGAUCGUCAAGACUUGGCUUGGCCCAGAGGCCAUUAGCAAGUUGAAGUUUGUAGGCAAGAAUGAAGUGCAAGAGUACAUUGAUGCUGAGCAUCUCCCUAUACAUAUGGGAGGCACUGAUACCUUUAAGUAUAGCUACCCUCCUCUGCCAGACGAUGACUUUCAAACUCCGAUGUGUGAAAAUGGGCCUAUUGUUAGCGAAGACGAAACGGAAAGUAAAGAAGACGCGGAGUCAGAAAGCAAGGACACCCUAGACUCCAGUCAGAAUGAAGAACACAUCAAAAAGUCUGAAAAGGUAAACUUUCUAGAAGAAAGCCUAAAGCUAGAUGAAUGUGACAAAGUAGAUAGUACAAGCAGAACAAAAACAGCCAAGAAACCUGUAACAGUAUUCAAAGGACCACUGCUUCAUAUAAGCCCUGCUGAAGAACUUCAUUUCGGAUCAAAGGACUGUGAAAGGAAAAGCCUGAUAGUCCUUAACAAUGUGACCAAAAAUCUAGUUGCCUUUAAGGUGAGGACAACAGCCCCCGAGAAAUACAGAGUGAAGCCCAGUAAUAGCAGCUUUGAGCCGGGUACUUCCGUAGACAUUGUUGUGUCCCUUCAUGGAGGAUGUGAAGCUUCUCCUCAGGACCGGUUCCUGGUAAUGGCAGCUGAAAUGGACCAAAGUACAGGAGCUGGCACUCCUGAUCUGUCCCAGUUUUGGAAGGAAGUACCAAAAACCAAAGUCAUGGAACAUAGGCUAAGAUGUCAUGUUACUGAAAGCAGUAAACCUAUGAGUUUGUUACUGGAUGAAAACCCUCUACACAGCAACAUCAAAAACAACCAGGAAGACCUGCAUUCAAAGAUCAUCAGGCUGCUGGCAAGCAAUAAACGAUGUGAAGAACAGAUUGAUGAGUGCCUGUGGUUCCAGAAGAUGUUGAUGGGUUUGGUGUCCUUGCUAAUGGCUAUUACAUGUUCAGCUUUGUAUCUUCUUUACACAGACAGGAGUAGAUUGUAAGAAGGCUGUCUUUCAAAAUCACAGAUUACUUGCUGCAUGUAUUCAGAUGCUCCUAAAUAAUAGGUACUAUUUUCAGCAAAAAAGCCAAAAUGAAGAACCUUCAUACUGUGUAGACCAAAAUAAUGAAGCCUGUGGUAUGCAAGUAUCAGAUGGAUGAUUGCAGGUGCAUCUAAAUAACUCUGCCAUUGUUUGUUGCUGAGAAACUUGGUAAAUAAGGAUGGAUUUACUGUGUGCAGAUGCACAAGAAGAAACACUGGAAAUAAUGUAUAUCUUAAUAAUCAAGACUCAGGAUUAAAAUAGUUUGAAACUUUUUUUUUUUCUUGGAUAAUCAUAUACCGGUAUUUUAUUAUUAUUUUUUUUAAAUAACACUGUUGCCAUUUACUAACUAAUGAUUUCACAAGUAUUUAUUAUAUGUGAAUUAUUUUUUCUGAUUUUGGUAUAUAUGUUCAAGAUGAGGUUAUUGGCAUAGCUAAAUAAAUUUGUUGUCAUUUGCCUGCUAUUUAUUUUAAAUGUAUUGAAAGACAUUGUGGAUUCCUGGUUGGGUGCCAUUUUGGUAUAUCGAUGUCAAUACCCUCCAUAUACUAAAGCCUAUAAAAUGUAUAAUCAUAUUUUAUAUUUACAUUGAUGUAUAUCCGAUUUAUGUCAGUUACAAAUUACAGUAUUUAUCAAAAAAAAGUUUUCAUAACUAGCAGUACUAGGUAUUUAUAAGAGUGAAAAUAUUAAUACUUAAAGCAACAUUUUGUAUUUCUUAUUUAUAAAAUAUUUAUAAUUGAUAAUAAUGACCUAGAAGUUCUUGCAUGAAAUAGUAGAAAUGUUUAACUUUAAAUGUAAUGUAAUCUGUCUAGGGUCUCAUCUGAAACAGUAUGGACCGGAUAUAUUAAAUAAUAUAUUUUGAAAUUCAUGUUGAUUAAGGGAGGCACAGCAUUGUUGAGCAUCAAGUCGACGACAUGACAAGACUUGUAGUAAGAACAAGUGCUUUAUAUAGGACUUGAUUUUCACCAUUACGUUCUGAUUGAUUGAGCGUCAGUGUGUUCCUAAAGUGACACACAGCUGUACUACUCAUCAAAUUCGGUACAUGACCUGUCCAACUGUUUAAACAUAUUGAAUAAAAGAAGCAGGCUUAUCUGCAACUUGGAAACUUGA